AUGUUCAGGCUUCGCGAGCAAAAUUACACCCUGGUCAUUCACCUGCCACGGCCUGCUCGAAAAGUGCUCCUCCAAGACGGGCAGAAACGCAGCCCUCAUCUCGUCGGCCCUGUCAUGGUCCGCGUACCAGACAUCCGUCAGCAGCGCGGCCGCUCUCUCACAGCGAACCGCCAAAUCUUCCUCCCCAAAGCUGAAGUGAGUAUAUACACGGCUAAUCUCAAUUUCUCCAAAUCCGCACCGGGUGAAGACGCGGGUCACCGUGGCGAGCAGCAGGCCCUGGUGGACGAGAGCCGAGUCGCCGGGGGCCAUGCUCUGCUGCGCGAUGGGUCCGCAGACCCUGUUGAUGAGGUUGACGACAUCGUUGUCCGGGGCGCCUUGGACUAUAACGAUGCGCGCGUUUGGAGAGCCCGGGUCGACAACCCGGGCCAUCUCUGUGAGGGCCGUCUCGAGGUCGUCUACGUAGGGCAGAACCCAGAGGGCGACGGCGGCGUCGAACUGGCGGUCCUCGAACGGGAGCUGUUCGGCUGCGCCCUGGCAGACGUGGACGUUGGAACUGCUACUGUUCUUGACGAGCAGGUCGUUGCGUUCGUGGUUCGGCUCGACGGCGUAUGCCUCGCCGCACUGUCUGGCAAUGGCCACGGCCAGAUCCGACCACAGGAGGUCCUCCCUCCCUAUAUACGAUUGUCUUAA